CACAAUCACAUAGACACAUUUCUCUUACAAAAUGAUGAACUCAAGUGUCUUUAGAAAUGGCUACAAAGUUCACAACUACAUGAACACCAUAUGUCGAAGGCAUUCCAUUUCAGGUUUAGUCGGUGUUCCAAUACAUAAAAUCCAUGUCCAACAAGAACUACAAGUCUCCAAGGCUUUUUAUAGCCGAUUUAAUGGAAGAAGAACGAAAGAGAUGGAGUUACAUGUUCCAGUUCAUAGCAUUGUAAGUACUAAAACCUAUAGUACAACACUAUUAGCUUCGAUCACGAAUAGUGGAGUUGUUCGGUGGUAUUUGAGGAUGAUUAAAACACAACCUAUUCUUACUAAAAGCGUCACAGCUUCCUUAGUUUACACUGCUGCUGAUUUAACAUCUCAGACAAUGACAAGGCAAUCAUUAGAGCCUUAUGAUCUCAUUCGUACUUGUCGUAUGGCUGGAUAUGGAAUGAUCAUUUUAGGUCCCACACUACAUUUGUGGUUCAACUUCUUGUCAAGAGUGUUCCCUAAGAAAGACGUUUUUACAACGUUGAAAAAGAUAUUCAUGGGACAAGCAAUAUAUGGACCUAUUAUGAUGGCUGUAUUCUUCUCAACCAAUGCAGCCCUACAAGGUGAAAAGGGUAAAGAAAUUGUAGCUCGUUUGAAACGAGACAUGUUGCCAACAAUGAUCAAUAAUGUUAUGUAUUGGCCGAUGUGUGAGUUUGUCAUCUUUAGAUUUGUCCCCGUUCCUUUACAGCCACUUGUGAGCAACUCGUUCUCGUAUGUAUGGACGAUUUACAUCACAUACAUGGCCAACUUAGCAAAAGCAGUCGCCAAUUGAUAAAACAUCAUCAUAGAACUAGCAACCAACUUACAUCUACCGAAGGCGGAAUAUUUGAGGCACAACAUGUUGUUGUACUCAAGUUACAAGUCAAAUUUGUACAAAUUGUUUACGUGUUUAACAUCGAGCAUAUCAAAAAUGAUUUCA